AUGAGUGAAGAUUUGCACCAAGUCCGCUUUACCUGGCCGCACACCGAGCCAAGCACAGUCAUCGUCACCGGCACCUUCGACCAGUGGUCAUCUUCCAUUCACCUCACGAAAACCCCGACCGGCUUCGAGGGCACGACCAGGAUACCAUGGAGUGAGAAAAUCAAGUUCAAGUUCAUCGUCGACGGCCAGUGGAUCGUGCACGAAGGCCAGCCGACCGAGACGGACCCGGGUGGUUUCGUCAAUAACGUAUACACCGCGCCUGCGCCGCCCGUCCUACCUCCACCGCCUGUAGCUGAAGAGCCCGUUAUCGCGGAAGCGUCCAAGCCCGUAGACCCUACGCCAAACGGCUACGUCGCGAACGGGGGCAGUGUCGUCUCGCAUGUCGUCGACGAGAAGCCAGCUGCAGGGGUGAAGGAGAGCGCAGAGUCUCCAGCAGCGCCGGCACCAGAGAAGGCCAAGCCUGCCCCCGCCGACGUUCCCAAGGAGGAGGGUAAGACUGAGGCGCCUGCCAAUCUCGCGAGCACCAUCGUCGCGCGCGAUGGCACGUCCUCGGCGCUCGACUAUGUGGCGUCGGGCUUCGGAGCCGCGAUGCACAGCGUGGUCGGCGUCGAUCCUAUUAACGUCCAGAAGAUCGCCAUUCCGACACCGAAGCCGGAUGAUAAAUUCACGUUACCUGACGGCGGGGAGUCAACGCCCAAUACCGCUGCUCUCCCACCCACUGCGGAAGAGAAGGAGACUCCCGAAUCGCUGCCCUCACCCAUCGCCCCCAUCGUCCCCAUCAUGAUCGUCCCCGUAAACGCUGCAGAGAACAAUACCGUAGCUCCAGAGGAGACUGCCGUCCCUGCCCCCGUGCCCGAAGUGACGCCACAGGCCAGCAGCCUGCCUGAAGCUACGGUUGCGCCACCCGCUCAGGAGGAAUUGGUCAAAGUCGAGGAGCCCUCGACUCACGGAGCCGUCACCACCAAGGCGGAGUCCCCAGCGGUUGCUGAAAUCGCCGCAGAGGAAAAACCAGUCGGUGCUAUCCCCUCACCCUCCCCUGCUACUGAAAAGGCGGAACCAGCACCCAAAGUUGAGGAGGUCCUCCCCGAGCCCGCCGCUGCAGAGCCUGAACCCACCCCCGCCGUCGUGUCUGAGCCCGCCACAGAGGUCGAGACGUCGCCAGCGCAAGCGAAGGAGGAGCCAACGUCUGCACCCGCACCCGUUGCUGCUGCUGCAGCCGCGCCUGCGGUGCCCGCCGUUGAGGAGGUCGUUCCAGAAGUCAAGCCAGAGGCAGCUGUAGCAGAGGUGGCGUCGACGCCUGCUGUGAAAGAGACGAAGGAAGAGGCGGUCGUGCCCCAAGCGACUCCUGAGCCAAUCCCUGUCGCGGUUGUAGCUCCUGUGGCCGAGCCUGCGACCGAGACCCCAGCUGUCGCCGUGCCCGCCGUUGAGGAAUCGACAGCGACGCCGGCCAGGGAGAUCGCUGCCCCCGAACCUGCGCCAGCUGCUGUCGAAGAGAAGAAGGCUGAAGAGUCAGUCGCAGCCCCUACACCCACUGCUCCAGGCCCUGCAACGUCAACGGAAGCGACCCCUAUCAAGGAGGAGGCCGCUCCUGCAGUCAAUGGUACAACAUCUGAAGCUGCUGCCGAAGUGAAAGAGACACCAGCUGCUGGCGGCACCACCACGCCCCCAGCGGCUGAGCCUGCUGCUUUACCCGCGACUCCAGCAAAGAAAGAGCAAUUCCCUUCGACAUCCGAAUCUACCAACAAUUCGCCGUCAUCAUCGAAGUUCAACUCUACGCGCAAGAAGAGGACGUCGAUAUUUGGGAAGAUCAAGAACAUCUUCCAUGCGGACAAGGAGAAGGAGAAAGAGAAAAAGUGA